CCCCCCCCCCCCCCCCCCCCCGUCGCCAUGUUCCUCCAUGCUCCGAUUCCCUCUGUGCUUGGCUUGCGCCUUUCCGCACUUCUCUGAGUUGUCUUUGGUGGGAAUCUUUGGCCUUAUUGUGCUUUGUCCAUGCUUCCCUCACUUGAAAGAAUAAAAAGGGUUAGGGUUGCGGGGAAUCUUUGUCGGAAGGUGCCGUAAAUUGCGAUUGCUAUCGUCGGGAAUCCGCGCUGUUCUUUUUGUCAGAAUUUUGGUUUGUCUGUGUAGUAGUGUGUGAGAGUGCUGAUCUCUGUGGAUUAAGCUAGAAUUUAGCAGUCUGGAGUCUAAUUUUGUGAGAAGAGAAGAACUUAGGGUUGAAGCUUCUUGAAGCUGGUAGAGGGUCGCACCGUUGUCAUUGAACGUUUCAGGUUCCGGAGGUGGAGGAAUCGCAAGAACCGGAGAGGGAUGGAUGUAGAUCCUCGCCUUUUUGAAAAUGUGAAGGUGAGCGACGGCGAGGUGCGCAAGAUUGUAUUGUCGUAUCUCGUUCACAACUGCUUCAAAGAGACAGCGGAGACCUUCAUUGCCUGCUCUGGCAUGAAGCGCACGGCCGACUGCUCUGUCGAUAUCGACAAGAGGAAACCAAUCUACAACCAUGUUCUGGAAGGCAAUGCUUCGAAAGCUAUCGAGCUUACCAAUCAGCUUGCUGUGGAUCUUCUUACUUCCAAUCCGGAUGUACAUUUUGAUCUUUUAACCCUCCACUUUAUCGAACUUGUUCGAGCCAAGGAUUGUGCGAGUGCACUAGAGUUUGCACAGAAAGAGCUUCGACCUUUUGGCAAACAACAAGGGCGAUAUCUGGAUAAGCUCCAGGAUUGCAUGGCGUUGCUUGCAUACGAGAACCCUGAAACUUCGCCCAUGUUUAAUUAUCUAUCUCCCGAAUAUCGCCAUUCCGUGGCAGAUGCGUUGAAUUCUGCUGUUCUAGCGCAUGCUAAUCUACCAAGCUAUACAUCAAUGGAGAGAUUGCUGCAACACACAACUGUUGUAAGGCAGCGACUUCAUCAAGAGCUUGGCAAGGAUGGACCUCCGAUCUUCACACUGAAGGCGUUCUUGAAAAGCUAGAUAGUUUUGUAAGGUUUUGGAUCAUGUUGGAUUCAAGCCAUUUCUAUGAUCAUGAGAUGUAACUCUAUGUAAAGAACCAUGUAUACAGAUUGGGAACAUGAAUGCAAAAGGACCAACCUUGCAUGUACUGCUUCCGGAUUGUAACUACGUUCACUAUGUAUUGUGAAGGCACGUACCUGGCAUUCAUCCCGAAUUCAAAAUU